UGUCGGGUACCAUGACGCAGCUGCGCCUCCUACUGCUGCUGGCCCUGGGCCCGGCCGCCAUCCCCCGGGCCUGGGGUGCCUGCCCGGUGCCCGCCGAUCUGAAGCAGGCAGAUGGGACGCGCACGUGCGCCAAGCUCUACGACAAGAGCGACCCCUACUACGAGAACUGCUGCAAGGGAGCCGAGCUGGCCCUGCAGCCGGGCGCCGAUCUACCCUACCUGCCCUCGGACUGGGCCAACACGGCCUCCUCGCUGGUGGUGGGCCAGCGCUGCGAGCUCACGGUGUGGUCCCUGCCUGGCAAAGCUGGCAAGACUCGCAAAUUCUCGGCGGGCAGCUACCCUCGCCUGGAGGAGUACCGCAAAGGCAUCCUGGGUGACUGGUCCAACGCCAUCUCCGGCGUCUACUGCAAGUGUAACUGAGGAGCCUUCAUCUCUACCCAACUCCGUGCUGAAUGCCCCCUCUGCCUCUUCCUUUGGCCUCUCCCACCCCCAGUUCCAGGAGGAUGGAGCUCUCUGCUGCCCCCACCUGGCCUGUGUACAAUACAGCCCUACUGAACCUG